UAGGACUCACGGCGGCAGUGACGGAUAAUGGCGAGGGAGGGGGAUGGGGUUACUUCUCCUCAGCACCUUAUCCCACCUAAAGGGUUACGUCUACUUGGAAAAACAUAGAAGAUUAAUCAGAUGUUGAACAGAAGUUUAAGUCAGUGUCCAUAUGAACACUGGGAGAAAUCGGCAAUGUCGGCUUGUAGUCCUUCGGAGAAUUUCCAUUGUUUACAGGACGAAUUUGGUCGAAUUGGAUGGUUGUGUACUGAACCAAUAUGGGUUGAAAGAGGUAGAUGUCCUGUCUACAAUUCUGGAGCCAAAAAGCUGGAUACUAUUUCCUGCAAUACAACAAACUGCCCAUUAGAGAAUUACAGAUCCAAUUAUCUCUAUAUAAAAAAUGGUUGUCGCUUCAACAUAGAGGAAACCGAAAAAACGAGAAUAAUAAACAGCACAGUUAGCACUGAUACUAGCGACAGCCAAACAGUGCAAUUUGAGUACUUUGCAAUAAUUCCUGUUGCACUUAUUCUUUUUCUCACUGCAAUAUUGCUGAUUUUAUACAUAAGAAGGCGGCGUACAUGCUGUUCUAAAAAAAUACCAACAUUGGAUCACAAUGAGGGACAAAAUAUUGAUGUUUCCGUUGAAAAAGACACUUUGAUUGCAGAUAAUUUUUCUCGAAAAAUACAAACAUCAGAACAUGAUAGAGUGAAGAAAAAUAAUGAAAUCCUUUCAGAGACCUUUUCAAUCUUAGGUAACACUUCUCGACAAUUGCAAACAUCAGAACAUGAUGGAGGGGAAGAUAUCAAUGUCCAUUAUGAAAGACACUAUAAUCAAAGGUAACUUUUGGAAAAAUACCAAUAUCAGAACAAAAUGGAGGGACAGAUAUAUUUCCCUUAAAAAGGACACUUCUGACAAAGGUUACAUUUCUCGAAAAAUGCCAACAUCAGAGCAAGACGAAGGGGAGGAUACCAUUGUUUCCCUUUUAGAGAGCACAUUAAUCAAAGAUAACUUUUUCUCGAAAAUUGCAAACAUCAGAACAUAAUGAAGGGGAAGAUACUAAUGUUUACCUUCUAAAGGACAUUUCAAAUGAUACAUAUUCUUAAGCAAAAGAUUGUCUUACUUCGAAAAGUUUUCUUGUUCAGAGAGGAGUACAAGGAUCUGGCAAAACAUAUUUAGAAAAUGAAUUAGCUGACAUUAUAAAGCAAAUAUCGGAUUCCCAUUGCCAAGUUUAACUGGAUCCAAGAUGUAAUGGAAAAUAAAAUACCUAGUUUAUCAAGCAAAACAUUGUUAGUUUUAGGCAAUA